AUGGUUCUGAUUCAGAUAGUAGCUCAGAUGAGGAUGAUGAAAAGACUUCAAAGGUUGCUUCUUAAGCUAAGAAGCUGCUACCUUCCAGCUAAGAGGAUGUUGACAAAUUGUUCAGAAAUAUUUAAGCAUCAUGUCUCUGUUCAUUUUGUUCGAUUGGUUGUUGGAGUGAUGCUGGUUAUGUCAGUUUCAGUUGGCGUUAGUAGGACACCUUCCUGGGCCCUCAUUGAAGAAAAUCUCAUUUUCUUAGAGGCAUGGAGUACAAUUGACCGUGCAUAUGUUGACAAAGCAUUUGAUGGUCACAGUUGGCUUCGCUACAGAGAAAAUGCACUGCAUAAUGAACCAAUGAACACACGAGAAGAGACAUAUAUGGCAGUAAAGAAGAUGAUUCCCACACUUGAUGAUGUUUUCACUCGUUUUUCGGAGCCUGACAAGUUUAAGAGUUUGUGGUCUGGAACUCAAGGUGCUCUUACAGGUGUAGGGUCGUCAAUUGGAUACCCUACUAGAUUUGAUGGAUCACCUGCUGGGCUUCUUGUUAUUUCAACUGCUCUUGAAGGUCCAACAAAUAGAGUUGACAUGUUGUACAGAGGUGGAAGAUGUCAUUUCUACGAGUUUGACUGCUAUUGUUAUCCUCCUUGA